ACAUAUGAUAUUUAUACACAAAACAUAUUAUUUCCAACUUUCUGUGUGUUUUAUCGUAAUUUACUUAACAAUCGUACAAAUGUGUUAACAAGAUUCAAGCAUGUUUUAACAAAAAAUUUGCGAACUAUUAUGGAAGAUUCGGUAGAUGAAGAUAACAAUGAAUUGAAAGGUGGUUGUUGUUUUCGUUGCUGGUAUUGUUUAUGCUGUUGCUGUAGGAAUUGGAUAAGAAAAAAAUAUGGCAAGAAAAAAAAAAUUAGUAUUGUGACAGAGCAAAUUGAGAUUGUACAUAGUAAACCAUUGGAUCAACCAUUAAAAACGUCCGAUGUCAUUGUUAUACAUGGAACUGUCCAUAAUGAUUGUGAAAGGUUUACAAUCAACUUACUAAGCGCCCAAUCAUCGGAUCCUACCCAUAAUGUUAUACUGCACAUAAAUCCACGAUUUGAACAAAGGUAUAUAGUACGAAAUAGCCGUAUAGGUGGAAAAUGGGGGGCAGAAGAUACAACUGGAAAAUUUCCUUUUAUUUUAAAACGUGGUUCAGAAUUUAAAUUACAUAUAUUUGUAACUGAUUCUGAAUUUUUAAUAUCUAUUGAUGGCGAACACUAUUGUGCAUAUCCGUUCCGGAUUCCGGCUAAAAAAGUGACACACAUUGAAGUAACUGGAGCUAUUCAAAUUCAUGAUUUACGAAUUGAUUCCCUAAAUAUUUAUCCAACGUCGCCUGGUGAUACUUCAACUGUACCAAUAUUACCAAUAAAUCACUCACUUGAAGAAACUAUUAAACUUCCUUUUUGCUGGCGACUGAGUGGACCAUUCGUAACUGGACAACAAAUUGCUAUUGAAGGUGUUGUCAAACUUUUACCGGUUGCAUUUUUUGUUAAUUUACAAAAUGGUGAACAUGUAUGGCCUCAUCCAGAAAUUCCAUUGCAUGUUAACACUAGAUUUGUACAAAAAGGAGAAAUGUAUCUUGUUCGAAAUUCGUGGAAAAAUGGACAAUGGGGUUCAGAAGAACGUGCCGUUACAAAUAAAUUUCAACCUGGACGACCGUUUAUUCUUUCUAUAAAUUGUGAAGAUGAUUUAUAUUCAAUUUGGGUAAAUAAAUCAUUAAUCGCUACAUACAACCAUCAAAUGAAUCGUGAUCUAGCAACACAUUUGUACAUCGAAGGUGAUAUAAAUGUUAAAAGAAUUAUUCAUUCAGAUAAAAUUUUAGAUAAAUAUACUCAUGGUAGUAUAAAUGAUAGUGAAACUAUUCAUGAUAAUAAUAAUUGACAACUAUUAGUAUGGAAUAUUUUUAAAAAAUAUAAAAUUUUAACGAGAUUCAUUUGCCCAUUAUUCAUUGAUUACGUUUCAAAACAAAUCAUAUUUUCUUUAUUUGAGCUAAUUAAGAACUUAUAAUUGAUAUACUAGCUAGCCGAUUAAAGGAAACUUUUAAUUAAAUCAUUUUUUUUUCUGUAACUGGACAUUGUCUUUUUCUUACUUACAAGCUCUGAAUAGAGGUUUCAUUUCCAUUUUUUCAUUUUAUAUAGUUGCUAAACUCGUACAAAUUGGCAUCCGAUGAAUUUUACAAAUUUGAUAUUCAA